AUGGAUAUUGUUAUUUCAAUUGCGUCCAAAAUUGCAGAGUCCUUGGUGACACCAAUAGGCAGAGAAUUUGGCUAUUUGAUUUACUAUGAUACCAACAUGAAAGAUCUAAAGGAUAAACUUAGAAAGCUUUUUGAGAUGAAAGAUGGGGUGCAAGAAUUGGUUAAUGCUGCCAAAAGGAAUGGUGAAGUUAUCAACUCUGAUGUUCAAAGUUGGCUAGCAAGUGUUAACGAGUUAAUUCAAAAAGUGUCGCAUUUUGAGGAAGAAGUCAACAUGGAAAGGCGAUGCUUGUACCGGUGGAACAUAAGUAGGAAAGCCACUAAGAUUACACAAGAUGUUCUUUAUCUCCAAAAAGAAGGAACAUUCAAUAAUGUUGCCCAUCCUGCACCUCCACCGAUGAUAUGGUCAACAUUCAAAGAAGGUUUUAAGGAUUUUAAAUCCAGAAUGACACAUGUGAAUAGGGUGAUAGAGGUUUUGAAGAAUGAAGACGUUAGAAUGAUUGGGAUUUGUGGUAUGGGGGGUGUGGGUAAAACCACAAUGGUGAAAGAAAUCAUCAAAAGGCUGGAAGGAUUGAAAGCAUUCGAUAAUAUUGUGAUGGCAGUUGUGUCCCAAAGCCCAAGCAUUCAGAAGAUUCAAUCAGAAAUUGCAGAGGAGCUGGGGUUUAAAUAUGACGAGAAUACCGAAAGUGGAAGAGCACGAAGGCUCUACAGAAGACUCAUGGAAAUAAAUAGCAUCCUAAUUGUAUUAGAUGAUGUGUGGACAAAGCUUGAUUUUGAGGCUAUAGGACUUCCUUCUCAACUUUCUCAUAAAGGGUGCAAAGUUCUGUUGACCUCGCGAAACUCGGAAGUGUGCAAUGCAAUGGGAAGUCAAGAAAUUUUUACAAUCCCAGUUUUAACACCAGAGGAAUCAUGGGAACUCUUCCGUGAAAUCAUAGGUAAACCCUUGGACUAUCCUGAUUUGGCUAAACGAGUCACAAAUGAGUGUGCAGGUUUACCUAUUGCUAUUUUAACUGUUGCGAAAGCACUAGAAAAUAAGAGGAAGUAUGAAUGGGAUGAUGCCCUCAAACAGCUACAAAGUUCAGCUCCUGGAAGCAUCUCUUCAAUGAAUGACAAAGUUUAUUCAAGCAUACAAUGGAGUUAUGAUAGAUUGGAGAGUGAUGAAGCGAAGUCAUGCCUUUUGCUUUGUUGUUUAUUUCCUGAAGAUUAUGAUAUUCCAAUUGAAUAUUUGGUUAGAUAUGGAUGGGGUCGAGGGUAUUUUAGUAACAUUGAUUCAGUGGAAGAAGCAAGAAAUAGAGUGCAUUCUUUGGUUGACAAACUUCAAAGAAGGUUUUUGUUGCUAGAGAGCAAAUGGAAAGACCAUACCAAGAUGCAUGACAUAGUUCGUGAUGUUACCAUAUCAAUUGCCUCAAGAGAUCCACAUAGAUUUCUAAUAAGAUGUGAUGCUGAAAAGAAAGGGUGGCCAAAGAUAUACGACCAUUACACAACAAUCUCACUGAUACCAAUUAAUAUUGAUGAGAUCCCAGUUGGCCUGGAGUGUCCAAAACUUGAGCUUCUACACUUAGAAGGCGAACGUUAUUCGGAAAAUAGCAUGGACAUCAUAUGUAAAGGGAUGAAAGAGCUGAAGGUUUUAGCAUUGGUAGACAUGGGUGGGAUAUCAGCCUUGCCAAGGUCACUAGGAGUACUGAAGGGCCUUCGAACCUUGUCCCUAAAUGGUUGUUAUGAUUUAAUAGAUAUAUCUGAUGCUAUUGGAAGAUUGGAAAAUUUAGAGAUCCUCAGCUUUCGUAAAUGCUCUAGAAUCUUAGAGUUGCCGAAGGAAAUUGGACUUCUUCAACAUUUAAGGUUGUUAGAUAUCACGGAUUGUUAUCGUCUUGAGAAGAUUCCACAUGGUCUCUUAUCGAGCUUAUCUAGUCUUGAAGAGUUGUACAUGGAAAAUAGUUUUCACAAAUGGGAACAAUCAGCAGCAGAAAGCGAAGAUAAGAGGAUGGCAAGCCUUGUUGAGGUGAUGUCUUUAUUGUCUAAUCAUUUGAAGGUUUUAGUCAUAGAGAUACCCGAUUUCAACUUCUUUCCAAAAGACUUUUACUUGACAAUCCAGACAACAUUAAGAUUCCACAUAUCCAACAGAUUGUUUGGACGAUCGUCGGUUAGAGUUCCAUCAACAAGAACUGGUUGUUAUGCAUUCGAAAAUGAGUUGGAUAUUUUUCAAAGUGAUGCAACGGAAUUCAUGGAGAUUCAAAUUGUUCGUGUCUUAUUUAAGAAAUGUGAAGAUUUAAUCUUGGAAAAGAUUAAGAAUUUAAAGUAUGUCCUCAAUGAAUUAGACCAAGAGGGAUUGCAACACUUAAAAGUUUUAACAAUUUGGGACUGCCCUGAGAUAGAAUACCUUGUAAAUGGAGCAAGUUGGACUCAACAAACAGCCUUCCCUCUCAUCCAAUCAAUCGAACUCUGGGAGAUGCCCAAGCUAAAAGCAAUAUGCCACGAUCAACUUCCACAGAGCUCUUUUAUCAACUUAAGAUCUCUUCAAUUACGUUUUUGCCCUGUUUUAAAAUAUGUAUUUUCUCUAUCAGUAGCAAGCAACUUGGUUCAACUCCAAAGCUUAAGUGUUUCCUGGUGUCCCCAAAUGAAAGAAAUCGUCUCAAAAGAGUGGAGGGAACAUGAGACGGCAUCGGACAUCAUAGCUUUCCCUAAAUUAACAAAGUUGACACUCGAAGAUCUAUCUGAUGAAUUCGUUGGUUUCUACGAAGCCAACAAGCUAUACUCCAACCAUGAGGUAACAACGCCUAAGGAUCAAAAUGUGGUAGGAACUUCAUAUGAUGAGCAUCAAUCUUCUAGAAGCUUUGAAAGAGCAGUAUUUCCACCAAAGUGCAUUUUAUGGUUACAAAAUCUAGAAGAAGUGGAACUACGAGAGGCCAAUGUAGAUGUGUUCUUUGAUCUGAAAGGCCAUAUGGUUAGGGAUGGGCAGGCAGUUCCAGCAUUUUCUCAUUUACAAAAUUUGUCCAUAUGGCAUUCUCGAUGUCAACACCUUUGGAAGAACAUUCCGCGUGGAUUCCAGGGCUUCCAAAACUUAAGAUAUUUUGAAAUAGGAAGUGUUGAUGAUCUCCAAUAUGUGUUCCCACAUUCAAUUGCCAGGCUACUUGUGAAUCUUGAAGAGCUCCGUAUAGCGGACUGCAAAAAAAUGGAAACUAUAGUCAGAUCCGCUGAUGAAAAUGAAAAAGAGGAUCAAACGGGCAUGACUUUGUUUCCCAAACUAAAUAGUUUUGAUCUGGUGCGGCUUCCGAGUCUUGAGAGUCUUUGUCCUGAUGCUUCUACUUCUUUAUGGUCAGCCGCCAAAAUUAUGUCUGUGGAAGAAUGCAACAAACUGAAGACAUUGGCUUCAGUAAUUCCACAAAUAAAACAGUUGGAAAAAGAUUCAACAGCUCAUCACGAAGAUGAAGACGAAGACGAAGGUAUUUCAUCAGGAUCAUGUGGAUGUACACCUUAUUCAUGUGGCCCAAUGACCAAACCUACUUCAAGAAGAAAUAUUGUUCAAAUAUUGCCACGUCCAGUCAAUCAAGAGGUUGCACCAACAAAUCUUGAUCAAGACUCAAAUGAUUACGAUAAUCUAGAACGUCUUUCUGUACAAUAUUGUGAGUCAUUGGAAGUUGUUUUCCAACUCAAGGGACCAAAGGCUGUGGAAAGCCACAAUGUUCAAGCAUUCAAUAAGUUGCGUAACUUGUCGUUAUACAAAUUGCCAAGUUUAAUGCACGUAUGGGAAACGGGCGGUUCACAUCAUAUCACAGGCUUCGGAAACUUGACAUUCUUAAGUGUAUCCUUCUGUGGCAGUUUGCGAUAUUUGUUCUUGUCAACUGUAGCCAAGCUCCUUGUCAGUUUAAAGGACUUAGAAGUUGGGGAUUGUGAGAAGAUUGAACACGUUAUUGCAAAAGCAGACACUGAAUGUGCUGAUCAGGAAAUUACAUUUCCUCGACUGAAUUCCAUGACGCUUGAAGAUCUACCAAACCUCAUUUGUUUCUCUACUGAAGCUUAUACUUUGAAGUUGCCAUCUUUGAGGGAAUUGAAGGUUAUAAAUUGUCCAGAUUUAAGGACAUUUGCUUCUAAGGUUGUCAACACACAUUCUGAAUCAAGUGUACACAGAGUUGGGAAAGUCUGA